AUGGCUGACAGAAAAGCUACAUCAAUGCUCAUCAAAGCUACUAUAUUGGCGAUACUUUACAUGUUUGCACCUGCAUGCUCUGGUGCAAAUGUUAAAAUUGGUGUCCCAGAAAACUACGAUGGUAUUUUUCCUUGGUAUCUAGCCAAGCUUCAUGGCCUGCCGAGUAAUUACAGUGAUCUAGUGGUAACAGGGGAUGACGAGGGGAUAUUUGGAGUUGAUGCUCAGUUUCUGUAUGCUCUGAAACCAUUGGACAGAGAAAAACAACCGUCCUACUCCCUGCAGGUGUCUUUCAGAACAUCGGUGCACCGUCAGAGCUUCACGGUCGAAGUGUGUGUCAUUGACAAGAACGACAACGUACCCACUUUCAUAGAGAUGAGCAUGAGAGGCAGCGUGCAGCUGGGGCUUCUCAAAGGGAUCCCAUUCAUGCAGGUGGAGGCUCUGGAUCGUGAUGACCGCAACACUGCCCACGCCGAGCUGCGCUUCACUCUCAUGGAACAGACGCCCAGGAUCCCCUCUAGUCAAAUGUUCUUCAUCAACUCAAUCACUGGAGAGGUUUCCCUCACUGAGGAAGGAGCCUCGACUCUAGACCCUGAGAUGUGCGGCCGUUACAAACUCUCAGUGAUGGUGAAGGACAUGGCGGGCAAGGCGAACGCUUUCUUUACCACUGGCAUCGUUACUGUUGAGGUGACAGGAAACACCUGGGCAUCCCCCGACCCUGUGAGACUUCAGGAGAACCUCCCAGGCCCUUACCCCAUCCCCAUCUCACAGGUCAAAUGGAGUGGGAGUCAGGUCGAAUACAGUCUGGAGGGGGAGUUUCCUGAGAUGCUCUUCACAAUUAGCAGAGAAGGAGUCAUUUAUCUCAAUGCGCCUCUGGACAGAGAGACACAAGACCAGUUCCAGAUCAGUAUUGUGGUCGAGCGUCCAGAUGGCAGAGAGAUUGCGAAGCCUGUGGAGUUGAGGGUGAUGGUGGGCGACGCCAAUGAUAACAGACCCACCUUUCCACAGGCACAGUAUCACACUGUGGUCAAGGAGCUGGCUGCUCGAGGGACAGAAAUCCUGACAGUCCAGGCGGCCGAUAAUGACGAUCCAAAGACAGACAACGUGCGCAUCUUCUACCGGUUAGUUGGACAAAUCCCAGAGAGUCCUCGAGCCCUCUUCCGAGUGGAUCGUGACUCAGGGGUGAUCUCGGUCCAAGCAGACAGUAUGGAGGGCACAGCACCUCAGUACACACUCACCAUCACUGCUGAAGAUGCUAAGGGUCUUAACAGCUCCUGCACUGUGGUUGUGACGGUGCAGGAUGAGAACAACAACCCACCGGUGUUCUCCCAACAUGAGUAUGGGCCUUUUCACAUCCCAGAGAACGCUCCAGUGGGCACUACAGUUACAGCUGUGCUGGCGGGGGAUGCAGAUGUUCGAGGGGGAGACAGCUGGCAGGUGGACUAUCGUUUGGAGUCGGGAAAUGAGGAAGAGGCCUUUACAUUAGUGACUGACAAGCAGACCAACGAGGUCUCACUCGUCCUUUCAAAGGUGUUGGACUUUGAGCGUGAGAGUGAGUACAUCCUCGUGAUCAGUGCUCAGAACCCCGUGGCUCUGGUCCGUGGUCGAUACGGACCUGCAUCCACAGCGACUGUCUCCAUCUACGUCGACGAUGUAAAUGAAGGUCCAAUCCUGUCUCAGAGCCAUUAUGAGGUGACCGUCAGAGAGGGCGAGGAACCAGGACGGGUUAUCGCCACCAUUCGAGGUUAUGACCCUGAUUCUCACCCAAUAAGAUAUUCUCUACAAGGCGACACCAAGAAAUACUUUUCAAUAGGGAAGUAUUCUGGUGAACUGAAGACUGUGCAGGCCUUGGACAGAGAAGAGAACAGCACAUACACCAUGGAGGUCAUUGCAGUAGAUGGAAGAAACUCCUCCUUAUCUGCCUCCACCCUGGUGACCGUGCAGAUCCUGGAUGUGAACGACAAUAGUCCAGUGCUGGUUGGAGAUUACUCCUGGAAGUACCUGUGCACGCCUCGCUGGGAGGACCAAGCUCUGGUGCUGGCAUCACGAGACAGCGACGGGCCACAGCAUGGAGGGCGACUCAACUUCUCUCUGCGCAGUGACGCCACUGUCAGACGCAACUGGAAGCUAACACCUAUUAAUGAUACUCACACCAACCUGUCUUUAAACAUCCCAUACCUGGCCCCCGAGGUCUACACGGUGCCCUUCACCAUCUCUGACAGCAGCUCUCCUCCCAGGAGCACCUUCAUAAACCUGCCAGUGACUGUGUGUCCCUGCAACGUCAGAGGGAACUGCAAAAUGGCAGCCAAGCAGCUGCCGGGCAUGCCAACUAUUCAGUCUGCGGUGGGCAUUUUGCUUGGCACAUUUGCAGUCAUAGGAACUAUCCUCAUUGUCGUAUUUGUGAGGCUCUCCUACCAGAACCCCAAACAGCCAAGUAAAACAAACCAGGAGAGAGUUCCCCUGAAGAUGUCAAUCUAAUUAGAAAACGGUUGUGUUGUUUGUCCAGCUUUCUGCCCGGGCCAAACCAAUGGCCUUCAGGGCAAUAAAUUCAUUAAGUGAGUGGGGAAUGUCAAAGAAUUCAUGUAUAUGUCAAUAAUUUGAUUGAAGUUCAGAUGUUCACAAACCUCAAAACAAAAUUAACUCAUAUUUCAGACUAGUCAAUAUGAGAUAUGUAUGUAAUGCACUUGGGCUCGUGCCUGGGGGCAUAUUGUUGGUUUAUGUUUGAGGUUUGUCAUUUUUUUAAUGCUAUGAAUCUUUUCAUUUGCCUGGGACUGAUACCUAUUUACUACUAAAGCGAAUAUUUGUUAUUGUAGGGGGAAAGGAUUUUUUUUGUUAAUUAGCAUAAGUUUUGGAAUUAAGUCAUUGGCAAAAUAAAAUGUAAUUUUUUAAAAUAGUCCUUUUCAAGUGAAAAUAUUGAGAUAACAUCAUUAUAUUUUUGUUACUGUUCCAUAACUCUGCUGAAAAACAAUGCAACUUAAUUCUUAAAAUCUUGUCUUUUACCCCAACAUCAAUGCUUUGUUACAAUACGUACAAUUCAAUAUUAGUUACACAUGUCACCUUGAUUUUUGGUUAUUAUAUCGGUUUCAAAAACACCAUAACCUGCUUGUAAAUGCUGAAAUGAGAUUUAAUCUAAUUUUACUCAUUAGCAGAAUUAACAAUGAUCCAAGUACCAGUUAUACAUCCUUUGUAAAAUCAGAUUUUUUAUUUUCUGUUAUUCAAUCCAUCCAGGUCUUAGUGUAUGUAAGCUCUACUGUAGAUCUUAGCCUCUCAUACCAAGGUUAUAGAUUUGUUAUCUCUCAUUCACCUACUUGCUUUUACAUUUCAAACCAAAACACUUUUAAUCUAAUGAGACAGCCUGAAAUGUCAUGUUAGUAACUUCAUUAGCAGCACGCUUCUGUCUGUGUGAUUAAGCCUUUAUGAAUGCUGACCCAGGUGACCUCACAGGCAAGCAGAGCUAUAUUCAGACCAAAGUGUUGCUAUAAAUAGCUCAUGGAAGGUCUACUGGAUGACAUUUAGCCAGCAUUGUCGGACAAACUAAUCUCUCUUUCACAAAAGACAAAUUGAAUAAAUGUUUUAUUUUCACCCA